GCAUUUUGGCUGUGCCCAACAAAGAAAUAGCCCUAAUUCCCGCCAAAGAGCGCCGAUUGCACGACACUUUUCCCGGGAAAAUUCCAUAAAUUCCCGCAUAAUUACCCUUAAACGUAGUGGUAACAAGUCAUCGAUGAAUCUCUCUCCAUAGACAUUCUCGAUUAUCACGCUUUUGUUACCUCCCUGUGAACUGUGAGGUCUUCAGCGCCAUCAGCUUAAAGGCAGGGAGAUUCUCAAAUGGCGCCGUCACGUCGGCAGAGCAACGGCCGAACACCUUUGGUUAACCAACGAUUCCAAAUCACGGCUUUCUUCUCUAAAUCCGCGACUCCAUCGCCUUCUCCAUCCCCCAUGAUCUCCAAACAAACCUCAAAAUUGAACCGCAAGCCUAACCCUAGCCCUACUCGGAGCCCUAGCCCUAGCCCAACCACUCCUUCUCCCGACCAAUCGAAACCUAAGAAACCUUUAUUGGUCGUUGGUGGCACUAUUCUUGCGCCGAACCUGUCGGUAAAGUCUUUUGAUAAGGAGCCUGGCAAGCAAUCGGUUCAACAUGACGAUGCCGAUGAGGAAUUCUUGGAUUUGCGGAAGGAGAAGAUCCAGUGGACUGAGGGUGCCAAGAGAUUGAAGAGGUUGCGAAGGGGAUCUUCUCUGGCUUGUGAAAAGAAGUUGUUGCUUGAGGAAGAAGAGGACCAGGUGGUGAAGGACUUGGAGGAUAGCAGCGAUGAUUCUGGUCAUGAAGAUUGGGGAAAGAAGAAUGCAGAGAAGGUGCUGAGUGAUAACGAUGCGGAUGAUACAGAUUUGAUUGAUGAGGAGGAAGAGAUAGAGGGAAAGCAAUCGAGAAAGCGGAAGGUGAGCGGGGAUGGCAAUUUGGGAUAUGUCAAGAAGAGCAAGAGUGGUGGAAUUGCAAGCAAGGGAGGGCUUAAGGUUAAAUAAUGCUGAGAAUGGGAAGGUAUCUAGUGGUUUUGAGGAUGGUGCUACAGAGAGGAUUGGCUUACGUGAAGCUGCAAGGUUCCGCUUCCUCGGGAGUAAGUUCUCCGAGGAUUGGCAUAAUGUGCUUUACUGCUUUUGGUACGCUAUUCUUGUUAUGAAAACGAUGCGAAUGUCUUACUUUCCCAUAGAAUAGUGUGGAUACACUUUGCAUUCUCCUAUUAGUUAUUUGUUAGAUAGAGGGAACUUUUGAUCAAGUUAGUUUAUGUCAAGAGUUAAAUCCACGUCAAUCUGGCCCAGUUCAUGUUUUGCUUAUCAAAAGAAAACCUGGCAUAAAUCGGGUUUAUAAAUAAAGCCCCAAUCCUCACACAUGAACACUUUUUUUGACCUGACUCAGAUAAAUAAAAUUGUGCGGAACCAAUUAUUUAAAGCGAGCCGGUAUAUCCAAAUCAUUGUUGGUGUGUUUGGGUUAGAAAUUUCGACAAUUUGCAUAACAAAUAGGGUAAACUACAAUUUCUAAAAUCAUGUAACAUAUUUUAUUAAUUAGGUUACGGGCAUGAGCAGGCUGAGCAGAGGCCCGGAUAGGAGGUAAGAGAAAUGGUAAGCUUGAACAGAGUGCUAGUUACGAUUAGCCGAUUAUGGUUCUAUGGUACUGUUGAAGGAAAUAUAGGAGAUUCAUUAGGGUUAUGUAAAAAUAGAACU